AAAGCAAUGUAAAAUUUGUAUUGGGUGCAGGUAUUUUUAAUGAGUCUAAUGCAGAAUUUCACAUUGCAAUUUUGCAGGAUCUGUUUGUACUUGGAGUUAUUUUUACAUCUCCAAAUUGUAUAUAGCAUUUGCCAUAUCAGAUCUAAACCAAUAAACUGUCAUUCUGACACAAAUUAAGAGUAAUGUACUAAAAGAUUAGUACUAGAAUUAUAAAUCUGCCUUAUGUUGAAUGACCAGGCUGUUAAAAUAGACCCACAGAACUUCUCUUUCCAGGUGCACAGGGAAACCAAAACAAUAUUCCUGCUUGAAACAAGGAACAAAGCCUUAACUGAAAUUCACUGUUGUCAAUGGCAGUUCUCCAGGGCCUGAUUUAAUGUAAUUUUUCAGUACCCACAGCUUUGUGACAGCUCUUGGUGAGAGCAAAGUGAUAUAAUAAUCUUGUGUUGACACACAGAUUGUGUGGUUUUUAAAUGUAAAGACGACAAGAAAACUUGAGUGACGGAGGGAGAAAUGAGAAAUUGGGGCUGGAGGUUGCCUCCGUUACAGAAAAAAAAAUAAAACCGACAAUUGCAUUGUGCGGCGGUGGCUCGGAGCUGUCAAGGCUUCCACGGCGUUCCGGCGGGAGCAGGAACGCAGCCGCGGAAGGAAUGAGCCCGUGUCCGCGGCCUUUCCGCGGCGGCCAGCGGGGCCGGGCCUUGCCCGCCGCUCCCGCCUGCUGAGGUAGCGCGCGGGCAGCGCCCCAUGGCGGCGGGGAGCGGCCACGGGGACCCCUCAGCCCCGGCGCCGCCGCCGAAGCGUUCCCCGGCACACGGCGGCUGGGACGGCCGGGAGCUGGCGGCGCAGAUCCAAUCUAAAAUUCUGAGAGGACACAGUGAUACUGUGAGCUCCUGCCACUUUUGCUUUGAAGAGACAAAAGUACUUUCAUGCUCUUACGAUAGAACAUUGAAGCUCUGGGAUGUUGAGAAAGGUUUUCCUAUUCAAGUUUUUGAAGAAGAACACACCGCCCCAAUUUCUGAGUGCAACUUGACUCCUGAUGACAGAAGAGUGGUAACAUCAUCAUAUGAUAACACUGUCAAAGCUUGGGAUAUGGAAACAGGAAAAAUACUUUGGACAGUUGACCAUGAAGGCAUUGUAACUUCAUGUAAUAUUUCUUGUGAUGGUAGAUAUGUGGUAUCUGGUUCAGACAGAGAAAAUACUGUAUCUGUUUUUGAUGCAGUAAGUGCAACAGUAGUGGCACAUAUCCAAGGUCAUCACAAAAGUACAAUCACAAGAUGUUGUUUUGACCCUGAUAAUCAAAGAGUGACUUCAGUAUCAUAUGAUAAGACCAUAAAGCUAUGGGAUAUGAUAACACGAUCCACCUCAAUUACAAUUAAUGAGGGACACAGCAAUGCUAUCUCAGAUUGCUGCUUUACCUCUGACGGUCAUUACUUGUGCACAGCAUCCUGGGACAAAAGCCUAAAAAUAUGGGAUAUAAAGACAGAAGAAUUUCAGUGUCAUGAACUUGUUUCCUUGAACCAAGGACAUGAGGGUUCUGUUAGUUCCUGUCUUUUUAGCCAAGAUGCAUCACUUGUUGUGUCUGGUGGAUAUGACAAAACUAUAGCUAUAUGGGAUACAGAUGCAGGCUAUAAAAAGCUAAGCUUAAAGGGUCACUGGGACUGGGUGACAGAUGUUGCGAUUAGCAAAACCAAGAAAUGGAUUCUUUCAGCUUCAAAGGAUUGUACUUUGAGAUUGUGGAAUAUUGAAAAAAUGGAUCAUAUUUCUUCAGUGAUAGAAAGCAGAAAAGCAAGAGGCUCAAAAAUUGCUCAGUGUGAAGAAUGUGAAAAACCUUUCUUACGCCUGCAGUGUAGCAACUCUGAAGUGAUACCCAAGUGUGUAUUCUGUCGUCUGUCUUCUCCAGUGAGAAAAAUUUUGCCAUUGCCACCUCCUGAUCCUCCUGACCUUUAAAUUAAUCUAGCUGUCUUGGGAUGUUAACACAUUUAAGUAUAAAUAGAGUGUCUGUACAUCUUUAUGCAAUACAGAUAUAAAGCUAAGACUUUAAUCUAACCUUGCUCUACUGCAGUAUUCUGUAUGAAGAAAAAUAAAAUACAUUGUACUAAUCCAUUAAACAGCUGUUAUGUACUAGGUAAAUAAUAAAAUCUCCAGGAGUAGAAACCUUAUUUAUGCUGCACGGUACUGGAGAAUAAAAUUACUUACUUGUCUUUGGGAAAUUUUAAACAUUUUAAACCGAAUACACUGGUUCCAAGUUCAAUCUACUAAAGAAAAUAUGUGGAUGUGUAAAUUACUGACAGGUUUCCUUCCAUUCUUUAGAUAAGCCAUUCUUCUUUACUGUGGCAAGCAAAGAAUUGUUGCUGUCAGUGGACAUCAGAAAGUUUUCUGAAUGAGACCAUGAACUUUUUUCUAACUUGUUGCCAUACCCCUUACAAAAAUUUUGUAAAGGAACUUUCAGGCAUUGACAGUAAGUUGUGGUUCAUGUCUGACAUGAUGCAGCACAAAUUGGUUCUGUGUAAUAAAGGCUCUCUCCUGCAAGGAGCAUGGUAUUUUUUCCACCCUUUCUUGGGAGCAACCCUGAGAGGAUUAUAUCCAUUCAGUGUAUGUAAGAAUGUCAAUAAAAGAUUAAGUGUUUCAGAAUGUUUAGAAGCUUUAUUUUUACAAAUAGUGUUUUCAACCUUUUCAACAUUUCUUUCUAAAAGGAACUUGAAGUGGGGAGAAUAGGUGGAACAGGGCAUGUGACAGCCUGAAAUGCAGUCAAACUGUAGAAUACAAAGAAAUCUAAAUAGGUGGAUUUUUUUUCCCUUACUUAAAUUAUGUGAAGUGUGUAGCAACAAUUACACUUGAAUGCAAGGUUAAAUGAAAAAUAUUUCUAGAAAAUAGUAUGUUUUUUACAGAUUUUGAAUAAGUAAUAGGUGAUAAAUUGUAUUAUUUUCUAGCAUUCUUUCCCCCUCUUUACUCCUUAAUUAAAUAUUAGUGUUUUGUUACAGGAGCUAAAAGAAAAUGCUGCGUCUGUGCUCUUCAUGUUGUUUUUUUUUUUUUUUUUUUUAAACAUCACAUAAAAUAUGCAUGUUUUAUAGUUGAAUUAAUUUGGCUUUAAUGUAGUUAGUAAUGCUGAUCUAAUUUCUGUAUGUUAGAAAAGAUUAGUCCUAGAAUAAUUAAUAUUGUAUUAGAAUUGACAGUGCUCUUUGUUUCUUUCUUUAUCCUUCUCAGCUGGAAAAACCAAAGCUCCAAUUGUUUCUGCUGAAACAGGAAAAAAAGCUGUUGCUCUAUAGAGGCUUGGUUCAUUUUGCAUUAGUAGUGUGAAUGGGUUGGAAAUUCUCUUUUGAAUGAAUGCUCUAUUUCCCAAAUUGAGAAAACCAAGGAAAAAUUAAUUCUUAC